CAAACGCAAUUUCGUUCCAAUUCAUGCAUGCUUCGAUUGAACAUCUGAGGAUCUAUGUCAUACAAUAUUGAAAAAGAGAAAAGUCAAAGUCAAAGCCGUUGUCAUGGCAACAGGCGUUCCUUCCCACCAAAACUAACUCCCCACCCCCUAUAGGUUCCACUGAUCGAUAGGAUAGCAUGAGGGUGGAACUGACCCAAAACAAUCAGUAACCUACAUGCCAGCCAUGUACCAUAGACUUUAUGCAACGUAAAGAGAACAUUCAGGAUAUCCAUCAUCAACGAAGAAGAAACAGUAAAACAAAAAUUUACAAGAGAUAAAGAAAGGGGAAGAUACAGAACAGAGUCAGAAAAUAGAAAGGAAAUAAAAUAUGGGAAAUUUGGUUGAUGCCCACAUCUACCUGACGUUCUUGCUGUUGGUCGUCUGGGCCCAUAAGCAACUUGUCCGUGGAGCAGGUCUGAGGACAGAAGGUCUGGUAGAGGACACCACAGAUGUGAUCAGUCAUUCUCAGGGGUUCGUGGCACGGCUGGAGGGUCUCCUGGUGCUGGGGAAUAACAGUGACAUUUCUCUGCGUGUGGAAACCGUGGAUGCGGAUGAGGUCAAGGUCAUCCAAGCCCACACGCUGGUGUUGUCGCUGCAAAGCCGGGUUUUUGAUGAGAUGCUCAGAAACCGCAAUGGCAGCAUGUUGGUGCUGCGAGAAACGGCGGAAUGUACUGCUGUGUUUGAUAAAUUCAUCAGAUAUCUGUAUUGUGGAGAGCUAUCACUGCAGUUGGACCAGGCCACAUCACUGCACAGAUUGGCUACCAAGUAUGGCAUAUCCAGCCUCCAGCAAGGUCUAACCCGGUACAUGAGCCAGAAUUUGGCCAGCGAUUCACUGGGCGGUCAUGUGGUGGGUUGGUUCCAGUAUGCCACAACGGUUGGAGACACGGUGUUGAAACACAACUGCCUUCAGUUUUUGUCGUGGAAUCUGUCAUCUGUGCUUCAGAGUUCAGAAUGGCCGACGGUUAGCGUGGAACUGCUAAUGACCCUGUUGCAGCGCUCUGACUUAGUACUGAAGAGCGAGCUAGAACUAUUCGAGGCCCUUGAAAUCUGGCUCACCCAGAAUGACCCGGACAGCCUAACUGCAGAGAACGCCCUUCGCCUGGUGCGCUAUGCAAUGAUCCCUCCGAGAGAUCUCUUUCGCCUGCAGCGGCAGUCUCCGAUGCUGACACGGUACCUAGAGUCGGUUCGUGAUCUGCUUUACAUGUCAUACCAGUUCCAUUCUGCUUCACCACUUCAGCUGGCGAAGUUCUUCGAAGUAAACUGCAACCUCUUCGUGCCCCGCAACUAUCUCUCGCCCGUAUGGGGCUCCCAAUGGAUCAUUAGUAACCCGUCACGGGAUGACCGCAGCAGCAGUUUUCAGACGCAGCUGGGCCCGAGUGGUUUCGAUUCUAGUAAGCGGGUCACAUGGAACGCCCUGUUCUCGCCCCGUUGGCUCCCUCUCAGCAUGCGGCCUAUGUUUACUGAACAGGGUGCCAUGCCGCCUCUGCGCUCAGAUGGAGGAAACGGAGCCGGCCGGCCUCGUAUCAUCAUCACACCUGCUACUUCCAGUGCCGAUUUUGCGGGGGUUAGUUUCCAGAAGACUGUGCUCAUCUCAACAAAGCAGCAAGGAAAACUUGUGGUGCGGCAUGUUUUCAGCUUUCACCAAAGCACGGAGGAGGUGGACUUCCUUUCUGAUGUGGACCUGCAACAACGCACAUCCGAGUACCUGGUGGAUGGGGCACUGCACUUGCACAUCAUUGUAAAGCCUAUCUACCAGACUAUCAUAGCAAGCAAGAAAUAAUGUGAAAGAAACACUAGUUUGAUGCAUUUUUAUCUGAAGCACUCUGCUGCAUUUAUUUUCAUUUUUUUACAUUUCUAUCAGUUAAUGUGCUUACAUAGGGUCUUAAGCAUCAUGGCCUAGCAUUUGAGCUCCAAAAAACACAGAAAGUAGGAGGACAUAGCCAUGAUUUAGAAGGUCAAUGCAAUAUUAAAAUGCAAUAUAAGAAUAGUAGAGAAGAGAUCCAUCCCACCAGUCUUACAUAAUGGGAUAAAAUUAAAUACUAUGUCAACUCUGUGAAUAUGGCUUAGGGUAUACAAUUACUAAAUUAAUAUAGACUUUGACAUACACCACAUUAUUAUUAUUCAAUGUUUAAAGUUUUAAUUUACUAUUUAAAGGGACAUUCCACUUUUUUUAAAAUAUGCUCAUUUUCCAGCUCCCCUAGAGUUAAACAUUUGAUUUUUACCAUUUUGGAAUCCAUUCAGCUGAUCUCCGGAUCUGGCGCUAGCACUUUUAGCAUAGCUUAGCACAAUCCAUUGAAUCGGAUUAGACCAUUAGCAUCGCGCUAAAAAAUAACCAAUGUGAUUUAAGAGAUAUAUCUCUUUUCCCAUUCAAGUAGAUAGGACGACUUGCAUGAUUGAAAAGCCUAGUUAAAAUCAUAGCUGCCUGGUGGCGCAACAUCCCUAAAUCGACUUUGAAAUAUUUGAAAAAUAAUAUUUCCAGUGUCCUCAAUUGUUACACAGUAAAAGAGGUUUUUAUUAAUUAACAGUAAUCUAUGUCAAGCUAUAUUAUGUAGAUUAACUAUUUUUUUACCUGUUAUUCUGUAUGAUCCUGUCCAUGGCUGUACAAUUUUUAAAUCAGAGCUUUUCUUGCAUGUUGGAAUAGAUUAUGUAUGUUUAGUAGGCCUAUGCAUUGUCUCAUUCAACAGGUUACCUAAUAUAUCGUUCACUGUGUUUGUAUGUUAUCCCUUUGUACAUGGCUACUUACCAAAGAAAUAAAGUAACAAAUCAUCAAAAUUUGGUUUGAGUUUAAAUUUUAUUACACAUUUAU